AUGGCUCCGCUUCCAGAGAUACCCGAGGACGGCGCGGGCCCGCAGGUGGCCGGGGAGGAGGCGCGGUGCAAUGACGCAGGGUGGCCCGUCGCGGCCGUGCUGUGCGGCCGCGACGUGAAACACACCGACAGGCGGGCGCUGGUCGUGGUAGCCGACGCCGCCCGCGACGCCGCGCUGGUCCUGCGCGCCCACGACGAGGAGACGUCGUGCGGGUGCGACGCGCACACCGUCACGCUCCCGGUGCGCGACAUGAUGUACGCCGCCCUCCUGGACGGCGUGCACGGGUCGGCAAUCCUGGUCGUGGCGAGCGCGAGCGGCGCGCGCGCGAUGCGAAUACCGCAGCCCUGGACAGAAACCACCGUUCCGAACCCGUUCGACCCCUCCCGCGCCCUCACCGGCCCGCGCGUCUGGGUGGUGCUCCGCACGCUGGGCGCCGCAGCCCCGCGCGGCCUCCUCGCGCGCCCCACGCGGCUCGGACCCGGCGCCGCGCCGCUCCUCCGCAUGCUCAGCCUCGUCGGCUUCGUCGCCCCGGACGCCAAGCCCUACCAGCUCGAGGCCUGCCUCACCGAACUGCGAAACGCCUACGUGCAAGACGAAGAACGCCUCCUCGCGGCGAUCGCCGCGGGGGACGGCGCGGCCGCGGAGCGCCUCGUCCUCGACCGCCUCGCCUCGCCGGACCUACGCCUCCUCCGCGCGGCCGGCGGCGCGCCCGUGCUGGCGCGUGCGCUCGACGCGCUGCGCGGCGCGUCCGGGAAGGUGCGCGCGGCGGUCCUGCGCGACGCGCGGUGCACGCUCGCGGGCGAGGCGCACCCGGGGGACGGCCACACGCUGCUCGCGUGGGCGUGCCUGCACGCCUCGCCGGAGGGUGUGGCGGAGCUGUUGGAGUGCCGCGGGGUCGACCCGUCGGCGGGGGCGCUCCCGGCGCUGCACGUCGCGGCGGAGCACGGGAGAGCGGCGGCGGUGCGUGUGCUCGCGGGGCACCGGCGAGUGGACGUGGACGAGGGCGCGGCGAGCGACGACGGGCUGUUGCAGGAGAGGUGUCCGGGCGCGGUGGGGGGGAGUGGGGCGUCGGGGCGCGCGUGGUUCCACACGGCGCUGCACCGCGCCGCGCUGGUCGGCGCGGAGGACGUCGUGCGCGCGCUGCUGGGCGGCGGCGCGGACGUGGACGGCGUGGACAGCGCGGGGAGGACCGCGGCGGACGUGGCGGAGAUCGCGCGGCACGCUGCGAUCGCGCAGCUGCUGCGAGCGCAGCCGCUGGACGAUUGA